UUUCUCUUUUUUCGUCACCUUGUUGUGAAUCGUAAAUUUUUGAUUAUAAACGGAUGGGAAAUUAUCAAAUUUUAAAGAAAUUCAACGUUAAUUUAUCGAUCAAUCGUUAGACAAAUGAUUAUGUGAAAUUUAUGACUCACGAAGAUUGCGUUAAAGUAUUGCCCCGUGUCGAUAUUGAACAUUACAUUCGCUCCAGUUGUUCCGCGUUAGGCUGAAAUAAUGGAAGAAGAUAAUCUGGAUUUGAUUGUAAAAUGGAACAGCAAAGAAUUCGAUAUAUCGUACAUUCGCGAGAAAGACUGCGUAGGAGCCCUGAAAGAAUUGAUCUUCGAUGUUACCGGAGUUCGUCCAGAACGACAGAAAUUACUCAACUUGAGAUACGAAGGUAAAAUGCCCGAAGACAGUUGCAAAUUAUCUGAUUUGAAGUUGAAGAAAGGAUUCAAAAUUAUGAUGAUGGGAUCUCUGGAGAAGGAUAUCGAGAACGCCAGCACUCAGCCUACAGAUCUUCCAGAUGUUGUUGAUGACCUAGAUGUCGAAGAUGUUAAGCUGGAUAAUCACGAAAUACAUUUUGCUAAAGUUCAAAGACGUAUUAAGGAAUAUAAGAUUAAUAUCAUAAAUCAACCUCGCGACGGUAAGAAGCUAUUAGUUUUAGAUAUCGAUUACACGUUGUUCGAUCAUCGAUCUGUUGCCGAAACUGGGAACGAAUUGAUGAGACCCUACUUACACGAAUUUCUAACCGAUGCGUACCGAAAUUACGAUAUCGUUAUAUGGUCUGCGACCAAUAUGAAAUGGAUCGAGGAGAAAAUGAGGUUACUCGGUGUAGCUUCACAUCCCGAUUACAGGAUAGCCUUUUAUCUCGAUAUACACGCUAUGAUCUCAGUUCACACUCCAAAAUAUGGUUUAACUCAGAUUAAACCGUUGGCAGUCAUUUGGGGCAAGUUCCCGUGCUACACUCCGGAAAAUACAAUCAUGUUUGACGAUAUUCGCAGAAAUUUCAUGAUGAACCCGAGAAACGGUCUACGUAUAAAGCCUUUCCGUAAAGCGCAUACUAGUCGAGCAACCGACCACGAAUUAUUAAAACUAAUGAAAUAUCUUAGAAAAUUAGCCCUGUACGACGACCUGACCGAAUUCAACCACCGAAACUGGGAGAAAUAUCUGCGUAAACGAGACGAAAACCGUAAGCGAAAAAGAGACGAAUAUUCGAGCGAAUCUCGCGGACGUCGAGAUGACGAUAAAAAUUCAUCGGGCGAUGGAGCUGAAGGCGAAGGAGCCGGAGCUUCUGGUGAUUUUACCGAAUGUACGACUCCUUAAUUCCGUCAGUCCUCUUUCAAAAGUGAUUAUUUUUUUUCUAUUUUAUAUGUUUCAUUUCGUUAUUAUUACUUACUUGGAAAUAACGACGAUGAACUCGCGUUUUAUAAUAAUUUCAGUUUUUGAUCUUCCAGGUAAUUUUUACGUGUCAAAAAUGUGAUUUUUAUUUCUUUCUUUUCGUCUUUUUAUUUAACAAAAAUUUUUUUCGCGAUGCGAACUUUUUGCGUUUUUCUCGACUACCCUUUUUUGACAUAGUUGAGAUUACGAUGACUUAUAAGAUGAUUCGUGUUUUUCUAUGAAUACAUACGUCCUAAAUUAUUUCUUUUUUUUUGUUUAUGCGUAAUUUUUUUUUUUUUUGUAUGUGUGUGUCCUUACGCGCUGACAAUUGUCGUAGAUUAUAUUCAAGUCCUUAAUGUCGUAAGAGUUACGUAAUUAUUAAUAUGUAAAGUUCUUUCAUUCUUUGUUACGAGUAAUGUAUAUUUUUUCGUAUUUUUUCCCCCUCUUUUGUUAGAUUGUUUUCUGAAGAUUACAUUUUGUGUUGUAAAAUAUAAUAAAUUUUUUUUAUGUA